AUGGGACCAGCUGCUGAAAUGACGCCCAAGUCAGUCACGUCAAUGUUAGUCACCUCUGAGUCGACACUUGAACAGUCCCUGUCAAAAUUCUGGGAGUUGGAGGAGUCACCCCAUAUACACCAUUUGAGCUCAGAUGAAAUCCACGCAGAAAGAAUAUUCACGUGCUUAGUGAAACGUCUGGCCUCUAGUCGAUUUAGCAUUGCGCUACCAUUGAAACAUCCUCGCCCAAUCCUCGGAGAUUCUCGGAGCAUGGCUCAAACGCGAUUUUGGUACUUGGACCGCCGAUUGUCGCAAAAUGAAGAGCUUUCCCAACAAUAUAAGGAGUUCAUGAGAGAUUACAUUGUGAGUCAACAUAUGGAGGUAGUCCCGACGAAUCAAAGAAUGACUCCAUAUUGCUACUACAUCCCACACCACUGCAUCAUGCGUCCUGAGAGUAAGACAACUAAACUCCGAGUCGUCUAUGAUGCAUCUGCUGUGACCACCACGGGACAAUCACUCAAUACCAACUUAUACACAGGUCGCAAGCUUCAACAGGACUUACCACGUAUUCUGAUCCGCGCCCGAGUACACAAGGUUCUGUUUACAGCUGACAUCAAGCAAAUGUAUAGACAAAUCGAAAUUCAUUCUGAAGACCGUGAUUAUUUACGGAUUCUUUGGCGAAAUUAA